CGAGCGCUCCUUCCCUCAACUCUUCACUUCAGACUCUAUACUUCCCCCAAAAUACAGGCUCGCAGGCGCUGGGGGAGCUGGCUGGCUGGCGGGGAGAACUCCAUAUGCAGCAGCCACUUUUCUGAUUUCGGGGGCUCGCUUUUCUCCCUCUUUCUCCCUCUCCCCUUCUGUUUGUCUCCCCUUCUCUCUCUCUUUUUUUAUUAACCCUCUCCUCUUCCCUCUCUCCCAGAUGCCCUUCCGCUCCCGGUUAGAUUUCUGACCGCUCGAUUUAUUUUCCCUUUUUGGGGGGUGUCCUUUAUUUUUUUCCCUCCUGUUUGUUUUUAUUCUGAGCGGGUGCGCAUGGGGGGGAGCCUAUAACAAUUCUGAUCCUCUACAUAACUGCACAGAGCCAACCGGGGCGAGAGAGAAAGGAGAGGGAGAGAGAGAGAGAGAGAGAGGGCGGGAGAGAGGGAAAGAGGGAGAGCACGAAAGCAGCGCCAGGAGCGGCAGCAGCAGCAGGGCCGGUCACCCUCGCCCCCUCCCUGCUCCUGUGCACGCCAGUGCAAGCCAUGUCCUAUCCUCAGGGUUACCUCUACCAGCCCCCCGGCUCGCUGGCUCUGUACUCCUGCCCGGCGUACGGGGCGUCGGCUCUGGCGGCCCCCAGGAGCGAGGAGCUGGCCAGGUCUUCGUCGGGAUCGGCGUUCAGCCCUUACCCGGGAUCGGCAGCUUUCACCGCCCAGGCGGCGGCCACAGGCUUCACCAGCCCGCUCCAGUACUCCACAGACCCCGCCACGGGAUUCCCCUCCUACAUGGGCUCCCCUUACGACGCUCACACGACGGGGAUGACCGGAGCCAUCAGCUACCACCCGUACGGCAGCCCUGCCUACCCCUAUCAGCUCAACGACCCCGCGUACAGGAAAAACGCCACCCGCGACGCCACGGCCACGCUCAAGGCCUGGCUGCAGGAGCACCGCAAGAACCCCUACCCCACCAAGGGCGAGAAGAUCAUGCUGGCCAUCAUCACCAAGAUGACCCUCACGCAGGUCUCCACCUGGUUUGCCAACGCCCGCCGGCGCCUCAAGAAGGAGAACAAGAUGACCUGGGCCCCGCGGAACAAGAGCGAGGAUGAGGACGAAGACGAAGGCGACGGGGCGAGGAGUAAAGAGGAAAGCCCGGGGAGGAUGCCCGAGAGCAACGAAACCUCCGCCGAGGACGAAGGGAUUAGCCUGCAAGUGGACUCGCUGACGGACCACUCGUGCUCCGCGGAGUCGGACGGCGAGAAGCUGCCCUGCCGCGCCGGCGACCCCCUCUGCGAGUCGGGCUCGGAGUGCAAGGACAAGUACGAGGACGUCGAGGAGGAGGAGGAGGAGGAAGAGGAGGAGGAGGAGGACAUCGAGGGAGACGACGGCGGCGGCGGCGGGGAGCGCGACCCGCCGGCCAAGGCGGCCACCUCGUCGCCGCUGGCGGCGGUGGAGGCCCCGCUGCUGGGCCACCCGCACGCCGACGCCGCCCGCAGCGCCAGCAAGGCCUCUUCCGGCCCCCCGACGCCCGCCACCAAGCCCAAGCUCUGGUCGCUGGCCGAAAUCGCCACCUCGGACCUCAAAAGCCAGCACCUGGGCCCCAGCUGCCAGCCCCCGGCUCUGUCGUCGGCCACCCCCGCCUCCACCCCGCACAGCGCUGCCUACUCGCCCUCCUCCCUCCUGGGGAGGCAUAUAUAUUACACCUCACCUUUUUAUAGCAAUUAUACAAACUAUGGGAACUUUAAUGCGCUCCAGAGCCAGGGAAUCCUGAGAUACAACUCCGCAGCAGUGGCUUCAAACGAGGGACUAAGUCAGACUGUCCUAAACGCCAGCUCUGUUCACAAGCAGAGCAGUGACUCUUUGAAAACCAUCACUAACCAGCUAGAACAGCAUUACAGGCCCUCUAGUUAUGACUCUAAGAAAGAUCCCACUGAAGUCUGCACAGUAGGAGUACAACCAUACCUAUAGAAGUGCAAUCACACAGCAAUGCAAGUAGGUGUCACAAUUGCUUUGAAAAAAGUCAGCAAGCCAUCAUCUCUCCCCGAGCUAAUAUAUAUAACAAAUCUCUAAAUGCGGAUCACAUGUUGUGCCACUGUAUAAAAGAAUACCACAGAGCACUAUUAAAUCUUCAGACUCUAAUUAUUAAACCAGAAUUUUGUUGGACAUAUGUGAGUUUGCUGGUAUAGUAUAGUUUCCCCAAUGUAUGUGUGACUUUUGAAAACAGAUCUGUUUUUCUCAGGAUAUCUUGAAUUGAUCACUCCAUUGCCACGGUAUAUAUUCGAUAGCUGUGAUAGGAUUUAUUGUAAAAUUUAUUUGUAAAAGAUGUAUACAGUAGAGAUAAUAAAGACGUGAUUGGAGAACCUGAGUCCUUACAAAGUGGAAACAAAUUUGAUAUUUAUUUUUGUAAUGAUAUAAAGCUUCUAGUAAUUUAUGCAAGUUGUAUUGCAAUGGAAUCUGAACUUUUUGUAAAUAAAUUUUGCCUGGUUUUUAUUUGAAACAUUGAUGGUUAUACAAUCUUUCGUUGUUUAAUGAGAAUUCUUUACUAAUUUAUAUCUCUAAUUGUAAAUAAAAACAGACUAGUCUGCAACAA